CGGGAACAAAGUACUAAAGGCCAGUAACCCAGUGCCCACCAAAUCCGUCCAACUGAACAUGUCUCUCCUCAAAAUACCUCUAGUUCUCUCAUCAGCCAUCGCAGUCCACGUAGCAGUAACAGCUCCUCAUUCUGCAUCCACUGAGGAACUACGUCCUCCAACUCAAACUCUUAUCUCAUCUUAUAUUCGUAAAAUAAAAUAUCCCUCGCAAACGAUAUCCGGUUCGGUUAACAUCCAGGGGUUGUACUGGGUGGAGGCAAUGGUAGAAAUAGCUGCUAUUCUAGCCCGCCGCAUUGAUUCUUCAAAAAUACCACCAGUUUUGCGGGCGGCAUCCGAAGCUCUGAGCACUCUCACAGACGUCCCUAUUACUCCUUCUUUUCUUGUGGGUUGUGGUCUCGUGACUAGCGGUGGAUUCAUCCGCUGGCUAUGCUACCGAACCCUCGGUCGCUAUUUUACGUUUCUGCUCAGCGUACGCCAUGAUCAUCGACUUAUCACCACCGGACCUUACGGGAUUGUCCGUCACCCUUCUUACACAGGAAUGAUGAUGCUGUGUCUCGGGAUCAUCAUUCUGCAUGGCUCUCGCAACUCAUGGCUAAGGGCCUCUGGUGUAUCAGCAAGGAUCCCUGGAGUGUUACCUGUUGUCAUCGCUGGAACUUCCCUGUGUACAGCGGUGAAUUUUGCGUUGUUCUUAAGAGUGAAGAGAGAAGAUAGGAUGAUGCAUUCCGCAUUCGGAGAAGAAUGGGAGGCGUGGGCGAGAAAGGUGAAGUAUCGCAUCAUACCUGGCGUGUACUGA